UUUUUUUAACUAUUUUUGCUUUCCUUUUUCCUUUUUUUUUUCAAAAAGAAAAAAAAAAAAUUUAAUAAUUUAUAAUUAAUUAAUUUAAUUAAUAAUGUCCACUAUAACUACUAUAACUGUUGCAGUUUCUGUCAUCAUUCUUGGUGGUUUUUAUUAUUUUUUACCCGACUUUUUUCCUAUAAUUGUAGCUGUCGUGGGUGGUUCUUGGUUCAAGCAUCUUUAUCUCGAUAAAAAUAAAAAAAAAACGGUUCUUAACCCCGAAAAAUGGCAAAAUUUCACCCUUGUAGAAAAAACUAAAGUCAGUCAUAAUGUCGCAAUAUAUCGAUUUAGACUUCCUAAUCCUGAUGAUGUUCUUGGACUUCCUAUCGGGCAGCAUAUUUCAGUUCAAGCUGAAAUUAAAGGUAAAAAUAUCAUAAGAAGUUAUACUCCAACUAGUUCUGAUGAUGAUUUAGGACAUUUCGAUUUAGUCGUAAAGACUUAUCCUAAUGGAUCUAUAUCUAAAUUUAUCGGAGAACUUGUAGUAGGACAAGAAAUUUCUGUAAAAGGACCAAAAGGUCAAUUUAAAUAUAGACCUGGUCUAGUUAGAGCUUUUGGAAUGAUAGCUGGUGGUACUGGUAUAACACCAAUGUUACAAAUCAUUCGAGCAAUAACAAAAAAUCCUAAUGAUAAAACAACUAUCAAUUUGAUUUUUGCAAAUCAAACAGAAGAUGAUAUCUUAUUAAAAAAAGAAUUGGAUGAACUUAGUGCUAAUCACAAAAAUUUUAAUGUUUAUUAUUCCUUGGACAGGCCACCAGUAGGUUGGACUGGAGGAUCUGGUUUUGUUACUCCUGAAGUUAUAAAGGAAUAUUGUCCACCUCCAGCUGAUGAUAUAAAAAUUUUACUUUGUGGUCCAAUUCCCAUGGUUUCUGUAAUGGCAAAACAUUGUGAAGCUUUAGGUUAUAAAAAACCCAGAGCUAUUUCUAAAUUAGAGGAUCAGAUCUUUAAAUUCUAAGGAAAAAAAAAAAUGAUUCUUUUUUAUGAGUGAAAUUUUAACCGAACGAUAAUCUAAAUUAAUUAUUUAAAGAUUCUUGUUAAUUAGUAUAAAGAAUUUUCUAUAAUAUAAUGAGAAUAAAUAUAUAAACUUUUUGAUGAAUUUUUCACAUUUAUACUUUGUGAAAAAAUAACUAACUUAAUCCAACAUGAUAAAAAAGAAAAAUAUUAUAUAUAAUCUUUAGUCAAUGGUUAUUAUUAUAAUUAUCGCUGAUAUUAUAAACUACAUUGCUACAUUGCCUUUUUAAUACCUACAUCAAUUCUAAUUUCUUACCAUUUCGUUGCAUAAUUAAUUAAUUAAUUAAUUAA